AGUCGCUUAUAAUAGUCGUGUCGCGCACGUAUAAUAAAACUCAACGAGUAAAUCAGUUCUACACGCAGUCGCAACUCGUGCGCACGCGUCACGAUGAUAAAAUUGAUUCUAUUGAUCGCCGUCGCGGCGCUGGCCGCUGCCCAGGGCCCGAACCCUGUGGUCAGAGUGACCCACGGAGUACUGCAAGGGUCCUGGAAGGUGUCCACAAAAGGAAGGAGCUACGCCAGCUUCCAAGGAGUGCCGUAUGCCAGACCACCAAUUGGAAAAUAUAGGUUUCGGGAACCACAACAACUGAAGCCAUGGCUCGGCGUGUGGGACGCAACCAGGCCCUUGGCCCCGUGCUUACAGUACGAACCUUUUGAACAGAAGAUUGUCGGAAGUGAAAACUGUUUGUUCGCCAACGUGGCCACGCCGAAGCUGUCGCCAGCUGCCCUGCUGCCGGUGGUUGUGUUCAUCCACGGAGGCGCCUUCAUGUACGGCCAGGGAGACAUCUACGAACCCUCACACUUCAUGGACAGGGAUGUAGUUGUAGUCACCUUCAACUACAGGCUUGGGCCUCUUGGUUUCCUGAGCACAGGAGACGAAAUAGCGCCCGGCAACAACGGACUGAAGGAUCAAUCGUUCCUGCUGCACUGGGUGAAGAACAAUAUCAUGAUGUUCGGAGGCAACCCUGACAGCAUCACGCUGACCGGCUGCUCUGCUGGGGGUGCCAGCGUCCACUACCAUUAUCUGUCUCCGCUGUCUAGAGGUACCUUCAACCGAGGUAUAGCCUUCAGCGGGGCAGCGUUCGCUUCAUGGACACACGCGGUGAAACCUGCUCAAAAAGCGAAAACUCUCUCCACCAUCGUUGGAUGUCCCACCACCACUAACAAGGAGAUGAUCGACUGCCUCAAAUACCGGCCAGCGGAGGUCAUCGUCAACGCGCAAGCCGAGAUGUUGGACUGGAAGGUGCACCUGUUCACUCCAUUCACACCAACAGUGGAGGCGCCGGGAGUACGGGAGCCAUUCCUCUCCCAAUACCCAUACCACGCCGCCAUCGCUGGCAGUAUGAUGAACGUGCCUUUAAUAACCUCAGUUACAUCUGAAGAAGGACUGUAUCCUGCUGCAGUAUACCAGACAGACCCUGUGCUACUCCAAGAGCUGGAAUCGAACUGGGAGCAGCUGGCGAGCAACAUCUUCGAGUACAAUGAUACCUUGCCUCUGAACAUGCGGUCUGCAGUGGCAACUAAAAUUAAACAGCACUACCUUGGCGGGAAACCAGUUGGCCAAGACACGUACAAAUAUUUGGUCCAGGCUUUAGGCGACAGGCUGUUCGUCGCCGACGUGGGCAGGCUGGCUCAAAUCCACGCAGCGAAGUCUGGCCAGCCGACGUACGUGUAUCGUUAUGCUUACAGCGGCUCCGUCAGUCUUUCAAACAUGAUGAGCAGAUCAGAGAAUAACUACGGAGUGUGCCACGCUGACGACGUUCUAAGGAUAUUCAAAUUCCCCCACAUGGAGGUCACCACGGCUGAAGACGCUCAGAUGGUUGAGGCUUUAUUAGACAUGGUUUACAGCUACGCAUCUACUGGGGUCCCGAAGUUCGGCAACGCUCAAUGGCUCCCUAUGACAGCCGGGGCAAAGGAAAUCAGCUACCUCGAAAUCCAAUCACCAACUAAAGCGGAAUUCAAAUCAAGCUCCGAUUUCGGCCAAAGAUCUUUCUGGGACAACCUGGGUUUCAUUGAAAAUGAAAGAUAUCACGUAUAUCUUAAGGAUGAAUUGUAAAAUAUAAGCUUUCCUACUUAAUUAUAAAUAUUUUUAUGUGGAACAUAAUUUUGAAAAUUAUGUCGUGUCCCGUUUAAUUUUAAUAAAAUUGUUUUCUUUUA